UUUUGAUAUCACCUACCUGGUUGCAUGACAAAAUCUGGUUUGGUCUUUCUUGUUCUUUUCUUCAUCUAGACAGGCAGUGGUGGAAAGUCGCGGAUUAUGCAGGUGCUGCCGUAACGCUGUGGACAAAAACAAGAGAAGUAGAAUGGUAGACAAGUUCUUAAAUUGCCGCUACGCUAAACCUAAUGCGAAGUACGCUUUGAUAUGUUUCCCAUGGGCUGGCGGAGGAUCCAAUUUUUAUGCGCAGUGGGGUAGACAGUGUCCAGACUCGGUGGAGGUGUGUGGAAUCACUCUCCCUGGCCGCGAGUCUCGGUUUCGUGAUCCGUGUACCACAGACGCUGACCAGAUUCUGCAGGACACGUGUUCAGCCAUUUACAAGAAAUAUUGUAACACAGAUAUCAUCUUCUGGGGACACAGUAUGGGAGCGUUGUAUAGUUUUGAAACCGCACUCCUGUUGAAGAAAUUACACCACAAAGAACCAGUGAGAAUGUUUUGUUCCGGAAUUUCUGCACCACAUGCCCCAGAAAGGAAACACGUAGGCCAGACAGUAAAUGACAUGUCUGAAGAAGAGUUUGUGGAGUAUCUGAAAAAGCUGGGAGGUACGCCAGAGCAGGUGCUAUCGGAUCCGGAGAUGAUGACACUUUUCCUCCCUCCUCUCAAAGCGGACUACGUCAUGAUGGAGGGCUUCAAAUCUCCCAUAGGAGUAGAUCCGCCCCUUUCUUGCCCAUUACAUUUAUUUGAUGGUCAAGAUGAUGCCAAACAUAAUCUAAAAGCCUGGGAGGAUGUAACUUCUGGCAAGACGACAGUUCAGUUACUGCCCGGUGGUCACUUCUACCCCAAAGAACCGUCCAAUCAGAGUUUCCUAAUCUCCUACAUUACUGAAAGACUUAAUUGAUUAGUGGAUCCGCAAUGCACGCCUUUUGUUUAUGCAACAUGGACCAGUUUAGCUGUGUAUAAUUGUAUAUCGCAAUUAAAUUUUUAUACAAUU